AUGAAAUUUAGCGCAAACUUUAAAAUCGAUAAUUUCAAAUAUUUCUUAGAUUGUUUAAACUGUUUAAAUAAACUAAGUAAGGAAGUUUACAAGAAUAGUACAAAUAUAUUGAAAAUCACCAAAGAAAAGGUCAAUUUCAUCAUCAAAACGAAUGGAUUGCUUGAUUCCUAUUUCGAAAUUAACAACAAUGAAUUGUUUAUCGAACCCGUAAUAUUAAAUGAGACCCUGACCAUAGAAAUUGAUAUUAAUUCAUUAUAUGACUCAUUAAACUCAUCAAUUAAAAGCGAAAACAUUAAAGUUUAUAUUUGGGAUGAAGAAUAUUUAUACGUCAAAUAUAUCGAUUCAGUGUACAACACAAUCAACAUAAUACUGAAAAUACCAAUAGUGGUCAUAUAUAAUAACUACGUUAAUUUGCCAAACAUCCCAUACACCAAUUAUAAUAUAAACUUGUCGAAACUACAAACUAUCUCAUUUUUGCUCAAUUCAUUAAACAAAAUCGGUAAUACAAUAAUUGAGUUCAAUAUAAGGAACAUUUCAAUACUAAAUGAAAACGUUAACAGCUGCAAACUUCAGUUGAGUUCAAUCGGAUCCAUCGUAAACGUCGAGAGUAUAUUUAAUAAUUUGCAAAUAUUUACCACUAAACACUAUCAAAAUAAUACACAAAGCCAAAAGGAAGUUACACCCAAUUCUUACAACCCAAUUGACUCGGACAGUCAAAAUGCUUUAGUAAAAAUUUUCCUAAACGUAAACAUACUAAAUAUACUGCUCAAGAGUAUAAUAGAGUCAAAUCUUUACAACAAGAAUAGGUCACUGAUAAUACUGACAAUUCCUGAUGAUAACGAAGAUAAAUAUAUAUAUAUAAUCAUAUCUAUGAUUCAAUUGGAAUCCUGUCAAAUGAUAUUUAUAGUCCCAAAUAUUAGAGAAGAUGAAUGA